UAAGCGGCAGAUAGAGCCCAGCAACGCAACUGCGGGGAUGAUCGAUGCACUCGCAAUGUGUUUGGUGAUCAUCAUCAACUCAUCAGUAGAAUGCAGAUGCGCCGCAGUCGCGGGCUCAUUCUCGGCGAGUCAUUUGGAGGCUCUCCCAGCUAGCAGCCAUGGCUCGCCGUCGACGGGCCUGUCCAUGACGUCUUGACAAGUGGCCUCCUUUGAUGUUGAGCUCAAUCGUACAUCAUCGCCUCCUGUAGAUCGUUGCCAUCCCCGCCGUAUCUUGAGCACUCGAUCACGCUAUCAUGGCCUGUCUCAGGAUCGGCUGACCCACGGUCGUAAUGACCUCCACGCGAAUCCUCGAUUCGGCCUUUGGACAAGCAGCCGGAUGAAGCAUUGACCCAGGACCUCUCCCGUCUGGCUCACCCGUCCCUCCUAGUCAUCACUCAACACCACACGUUCGAUCACAAUGGCUCAUCUCCCGAAAGACGACCUUUCUCAAGUGCCUGAUAUCGCUCCUGUCCAGCUAUUGGUCCAUAUUCAGCCCAAAGCCGGCAAAGAGGACGAGGUGGCCUCUCAUCUGGCCAAGAUCCAAGCCAAGGCCAACUCGGACGAUGAGCCCGACACGACCGUGUACCGCGUGAGCAAGUCGGUCCAGGGCCCUGUCACUUUCAUUGUUUACGAGGAGUACAAGACCAAAGCGGGUAUGAAGCAUCAUACCGAGCAGGAGGAGUUCAAGGCCUUCUUUGCCAAGGCGGGAGAGUUGCUCGAGUUGAUUCAUCCUAGGUGGUUCACCAAGCUCUGAAAGAAAGACUGACGUGCGACGGAGAGCACCGCAAUUCAUACUAAAUCCUAUGGCUUCUUCAUAAAUACGAUUUCAUCAUCUUUGCAAGCAUCUCGGAGCCUUUCACGUCGAACCAGCGUCGCCGAGUCAUUGAGAGCAUCACGACGCGAGCCCGCACAGAGAUCGUCCGUUUCCAACUCUUUGCUCUGCUCUUCUUACGUUGCAACCCCAUUCUACUCCUCGAACACCUUCUCCGUCCUCUGCUUAUCACUCGCAUCGGCUUGUGACUUGAGCCAUCUGCUUCUCGGCUCGAUACCGGCAUUGCCUGAUCCCUUGACACUUUGCUGUCCCCCCCCCCCCCCCCCCCCCCCC